UCGGUUGGCUGCGUGUCCAGAGAGGUGUCUGGGAGAGGGAGCCUGUGGGGUCAGUGUGCACUGGGACAGCGGGGAGGCUCCUGGGGGAGUGGGGAGGCCCAGGUCCAGGCCCCAGGGUCACAGCCCGACCUACAGGGCUCUGCCGGAAUCUGCACGGUGGCUCCUGACCUGCGGGAGGGUAGAGGAGGCUAAACAACCGAUCCAGAGGGUGGCCUCGGUCAACAAGCAAAAACUCUCCCCCGAGCUCCUGAGCCAGGUACUUGCAGUAGCUGGUCCAGCCCUGCCCUGAUCUGGCCACACAGCCUGGCCUGCCUGGCCCCUCACUCUGCACCUCCCUCCCAGAUGGUCCCAGAGAAGACCGGCCCCACGGGCAAUGCCCUGGAUCUGUUCCGACACCCCCGGCUCCGGAAGGUGACCCUGAUUCUCUUCUGUGUCUGAUGGCAAAGGAAAACAACUUCAAGGUAGAGUUCAAAUCCCAGCAUCAUCUCAGGAGCUUUCACCAACAUGAGGCAGCAGAAAGCCCCCGUUCCUGUUCUCUGGACGUGCUAUUAUGCAGAUUGAGGGCCAUAGAAGCCAAACAAGAUGAUAAGUUUGCCACCAUCAUGGAUGCAGUAGGGGAGUUUGGCACAUUCCAGCGGAGGCUGGUGGCCCUCACCUUCGUUCCCAACAUCCUGUCUGCCUUUUUCUUGUCUGCUGACAUCUUCAUGUUCACACCACAGAAGCCCUAUUGCAACACCAGCUGGAUACUGGCAGUGGGCCCCAACCUGACGGAGUCUGAGCGGCUGAAUCUGACCCUGCCCCGAGCACCCAAUGGCAGUUUCCUGACUUGCCUCAUGUACUUGCCUGUGGACUGGGAUCUGGAUUCUAUCAUCCAUUUUGGGCUCAACCACACAGACUCAUGUCAAGAUGGGUGGAUCUAUCCUGAGGUCAAGAAGCGAUCACUGAUCAAUGAGUUUGACUUGGUGUGUGGCAAGGAACCGAACCUGGAAAUCGUGCAGAACAUGUACUUGGCGGGACUCUUGACAGGGUCUUUCCUCUUCGGGUUCAUAACUGACAAGCUGGGCCGCCACCCAGGCAUCCUGCUGUCGCUGCUGGGGCUGAUCAUCUUCGGCUUCGGGGCAGGCUUUGUCAACAGCUUUCACCAAUAUCUGUUCUUCCGCUUCGGCGUGUCCCAAGCUGUGGUGGGCUACACCAUCAGCAGCACGUCUUUAAUCACUGAGUGGCUAGUGGGCAUGCCCCGGGCCCACACCACCGUCCUGGGACACUGCUUUUUCGCUAUGGGGGUCAUAUUCCUGACGGGACUUGCCUACAGCCUUCCCCACUGGCGGCUGCUGUUUCUGGUGGGUGGGGCACCUGUGUUCCCCCUCAUCUCCUAUAUCUGGAUUCUCCCAGAGUCUCCACGGUGGCUGAUGAUGAAAGGGAAGCUGAAAGAGGCCAAGCAGUUGCUGUGCUAUGCAGCUGGUGGGAACAAGAAGACCAUUCCUUUAAGUCUGCUGGAUAAGCUGCAGCUGCCUGGAAAGAAGGUGACUAUGGCCUCUAUCCUGGACUUCUAUAGCAACAGGCACCUCCGCAAGGUGACCUUGGUGAUGGGCAGCAUGUGGUUUGCUCUCGGUUGCAACUAUUAUAUGCUGAGCCUCAGGAUGAAGGAAUUGGGAGUGAACAUCCACUUCACACAAGUGAUUCCUGGCAUGAUGGAGGUGCCCGCCCGGCUGUGCUGCAUCUUUCUCCUUGAGCAGUUAAAGAGGAAGCGAAGACUGAUUUUGACUUUCUUCCAAGGUGCCCUCAUGUGCUUCCUUAGCCUUCUGCCCCCCUCAGAGUUGAAAUCCCUCUUGGUCUUGAUAAUUGUGCUUGGAGAGUUCAGCCUGGCUGCCACGGUCACCGUGUUCUACAUCUACACUUCUGAGCUCCUCCCCACUGUCCUCAGGGCAACAGGUCUGGGGCUACUGUCUCUGGUCUGGGCGGCUGGAGGUAUCUCAUCCUUGAUAGCCGUCAACCAGAACAUCGCCACCCUACCCAUCUUUCUCUGCUGCAUCUCAGCCUUCGUGGCUUUGUUCUUCUGCGUCAAGCUGCCAGAAACGCAAGAUCAGCCCAUCCCUAACAGCCUGGAGCACCUCCCGCCAGAGAGAAGGACCGUGAGCGAGGCCAUGUCGAGCGAGGACAUGUUAUGUGACGAUGUGACAGAGGAAGUGGCCAAGAACACCAUUUUCAACGCCACGAUGACAAAUAUGGACCAAGACAGUCUCUCCAACCUGUCCUUGCAAUCUGGAGAAGAGGAAAUAGACAAACAGGAGGACUGAGGGCCAGGCGCCCAGAUGAUCUCGGGCUGGAGUUGAGUGGCAGGAUCUGGGGCUGUGGAUCUCAGACCAUGAUUUCCGGUCCCAGUCCAGCUUGAGGGGGCAGGGUCAGUCCUGCCCUGAGGCCAGCCCUGGAGAUCCAAAAAUGGCCCCUUCUCGGGGAGCUAGGGCGUGAUUCAUUCCAAUAAAGGUACC